AUCUCUGCGUUUCCGCCAUUAGACCUCCUCUCAACUUCUGAAAAAAAAAAGAAAAGAAUGUUGGUUAAUCUCCAGCAUUCCGACUCCAAUUGCAUCGGCAUCUUCAAUUCCGCGAAAGCCACGCCGCCUCCAAGAGUUGGGGUUUUAAUCGCUCCACCGCCCAAAUCCAAACCUAACCAUAAGAAGCAAGUCCUCCGCUUCCCAAACGGCCGCCGGAUUUCGGAGCGAAGCGACGACUCUGUCAGAUGCCCCUUAGGAAGUCCGGAAAAAAUUAAUAACGGUUUUUCUCCGACCAAAAAUGGCGUUCUCGAGCAAGCACCUGAUUGCAAUUUUUAUCAGAACAGCGAUUCGAGGAGGAAGAAAGCGACGCAAAUUAGUUCGGGGAAAAAAUCUACACGAAAAACCUUCCAAAGCAUCGGCGAAAGGAAUUCAGCAGGUGAGGUUGAAAAAGUGCACACCAAGUGUUCGACGAAAUGGCUGAAAUACGGCGGGAGCAUUCCGGCGAUGCUGGCGGCGGUGGAGACGGUGGAGGACUUGGACGAGGCGUUGAAGCCAUGGGAAAUGACCUUAACCAACAAGGAGAGGAGCAUUCUGCUGAAGGAGCAGCGGAAUUGGGAGAAGGCGCUGUCAAUUUUCGAGUGGUUCAAAGGGAAAGAAUGCUACGAACUCAACGUUAUUCACUACAACAUAAUGCUGAGGAUUCUCGGAAGAGCUCGGCAAUGGCCGGAGUUGGAGAGAUUCUGCGGCGAGAUGGUGAAGAAAGGGAUCGAACCGAUCAAUUCGACCUACGGUACAUUGAUCGACUCCUAUAGCAAAGGAGGUUUGCCGGAGAAGGCGAUGGAGUGUUUAAACUUGAUGAAUCGAUCGGAAAUGGAGCCGGACGAGGUGACUAUGGGGAUCAUAGUUCAAAUGUACAAGACGGCCGGGAAUUUCGAAAUGGCCGAAGAGUUUUUCAAGAAUUGGCGUAUUGGGGCCGUUAGAGAAGGCCGUAAUGCCGCUUCGAUCGAUGGUUUUUGUCUCAGCGCUUAUACGUAUAAUACGUUGAUCGACACGUACGGGAAAGGCGGGAAGGUGUUGCAGGCGAGCGAAACGUUCGAAAGAAUGGUUCGAAGCGGCGUAUCGCCCACGACGGUGACGUUCAAUACGAUGAUACAUAUGUACGGUAAUAAUGGAGAGUUGGAUAAAGUCGCGUCGUUGAUGGAAAGAAUGAAGGCGGCGAAAUGCGCCCCCGAUACCCGAACGUACAAUAUUCUCAUAUCGCUACACGCAAAGCACGAUAAUAUAGAAACGGCGGCUCGAUACUUGGCGGAAAUGAAGGAAUUAUCGCUCGAACCCGACGUCGUAACUUAUCGAACGCUCUUGUACGCUUUUUCGAUUAGGCAAAUGGUUGCCGAAGCCGAGGAGCUGAUUUCGGAGAUUGAAACGAAGGGAAUGGCGAUCGACGAGUUCACGCAAUCGUCUCUGACGAGAAUGUAUAUAGAAGCCGGAAUGUUGGAAACGGCGUUGUCAUGGUUCGAGCGAUUUCAUCGUCGAGGGGGUAUGACGCCCGAUUGCUAUUCCGCGAAUGUCGACGCUUUUGGGGAAAGAGGGUACGUUUUCGAAGCGGAGAAAGUUUUCGAGUCGUGUUUGGAAUCGGGAAACUUCACGGUCGUCGAGUUUAACGUGAUGAUCAAAGCUUACGGUGUCGGGAAGAAAUUCGAGCAGGCGUGCGGCUUGUUCGAUAGCAUGGAGAAGCAUGGUUUAUCGCCUGAUAGAUGCGGCUACAAUUCCCUCGUACAAAUGCUCGCCGGCGCGGACCUUCCGAGCAACGCAUUGUUUUACCUACGGCGAAUGCAGGAGUCGGGAUUGGUCGACGAUUGUGUUCCGUAUUGCGCUGUCAUCUCAAGUUACGUGAAGAUCGGCGAUAUCGACGAGGCGGUCGGAUUAUACAACGAGAUGAUUCGUAACAGUGUGAAGCCCGAUAUCGUCGUCUACGGCGUUUUAAUAAAUGCGUUCGCCGAUACGGGGAACGUCGAAGAAGCGAUGCACUACGUAAACGCCAUGACGAGCCACGGCUUGGCGAGGAACGCCGUUAUAUGCAAGUCGUUGAUCAAGCUCUACACGAAAGUCGGGUACUUAACCGAAGCACGGGAGGCGUACGACGCGCUCCACUUGCUCGAGACAGGUCUCGACGUUUACUCGUCAAAUUGCAUGAUCGAUCUUUACGGCGAGCGGUCGAUGGUUUCGGAGGCGGAAGCGAUUCUCGAAAAAUUGACGGUGCACGGCGGCGGGAACGAGUUCGCCUACGCGAUGAUGCUCUGUAUGUACAAGAGGAACGGGAUGUUCGUCGAAGCUUUUCGGGUGGCGAGAAAGAUGCGGGAGCUUGGGUUUAUGACGGACGUGUUGAGCUAUAAUCACGUGCUCGGAUUGUACGCGUCGGACGGACGGUACAAGGAGGCGACGGAAACGUUCCGGGAGAUGAUGGAGGCUCGGGUGCGGCCGGACGAGUCGACAUUCCGGUCGAUCGGAGUUAUUCUACUAAAAUGUGGGAUGCCGAAGAGUGCCGUCGAUAUGCUCGACGUUGUGCGGAGAAAGGACGCCGAGAAUGGCCUACGCGCGUGGGCUUCGACGCUUUCCGCCGUUGUCGAGAUGGGUGGUUAGAUUGGCAUGUACAUAUGUGUUCUAUUAGAACUUUUGACACUAUUUAAUAGUACUCCCUCCGUCCCGAAAUUAAAUAUCUAUUUGCUUUUUGCACGUAGUUUUAAAAAUAUUAGUACUCAUUUCGUCUCCAAAUUAAGUUUUGCAUGUAAUUUUAGAAAUAUUAGUAUUAUAUUGGGAUAUAGCAGAAAUAAUGUAGAAAUGACUAAAAUAAUCUUAUCAGUAU